UAAUAAUAAUAAUGACAAAGAACUCAUCCAAAUUAUAUAUUUGGUGUGACCAAAAAACAUAAACAAGCUCUUAAAACUGUUUUUUGUUUUCAGAAAGAAAUAUAUGGCAAAUAUUUCUACUUGCUCCCUUCUCGUUGCUGCUGUUUUUCUAGUUGGAAUGAUGAUCCCAUCAGAAAUAUUAGGACAAACAUGCUACCAAAUACACCCAGAAAUAUUGUGUGAUGAAGGCAAAGUUGAACCGGAAUGUUUACCUUUCUGCAAUAACAAAUUUGGACCCUCUGCUGGUGGCCAAUGCAUUGAGCAAAUUGGCUUUAAUGGCCCUUUUUGUGCAUGUGAAUAUCCUUGCUAA